CAUAGUAUAUUGGGAAUCACGAGCGGUUUCGUAGCCAUGUGUACCGUAAUCGGCAUCCAGGGGCUAACUGUUGAAUUUGUCCCAAUGAAUGCGAUCAUAACUAACCACGUUUCUAAUCAUUUGUCAGUGACGUUUUUUGUAACCCAACUAAGUGCAUCUUAAUUAAAAAUAGAAGAAGGCGAAACGUAUGACUUGUGCAAUACAACAACUUUUCGGUCUGGCCUUAAACAGUAGCGUGCUUUCGUUAUAACGGAUUCUAGAUAAUUGUAUUCUAAACUAUGAGCUACUUGACAUUGACAUAAUAGUAUUUAUGUCACUAGUAAAAUCACGUUUGGCAAGGACAAGCCGUUUCUGUGAUUUUUUUUUUCUUCGAAAAUAGAGACAACUGAAUCGAACACCACCAUACGUUUCCAAAUUUCAAAGAGGAAAGUCCAAAAGCAAUCAACGGCUUGACCCAACCAGUUGAUUUUAUAUGCAGAAGCCAAAAUUAAUGUUCGUAAUGCAUGCAUGAAAUGGAAAUAAGUUGUGCGUUCCGUUGGUUUUUCGUUUCGCCUUCGAGACAGACAAGACGGUAGGUCAGUCGUUGGUCUACACAGCACUCACCGAGUCACAUUCAGUGCCCGAGGGAUGGAUCUUAAAGAGUUUGAAGCGUACCGGUCUCCCAUGAAGGACUUCUACCGGGAUAAGAUAGUGUUUCUUACUGGUGGGACUGGAUUUUUAGGGAAGUUGUAUAUCGAGAAGUUGAUACGAUGUGGCGUGUCGGAGAUCUUGCUGCUUUCGAGAGCGAAGAAGGGCAAAACGCCAAUGGAGAGGUUGACGAGUAUACUAAGCUCCGAGCCGGUUUUCACGAGAUACCAAGAGGAUCCGGAGUUGUACCAUCAGAAGCUGAAGAUCAUUGACGGGGACGUGAGCAAACAUCAACUGGCGAUUAGCAAUGAUGAUCUUUCCUACAUCAUCAACAGUGCAAACAUCUUUCUUCAUGCCGCUGCAGAUGUGAGAUUUGAUGAAUCGCUGAAGGAAUCAGUUGAAACCAAUAUCCGAGGCACCAGCGAGAUAUUGAAGAUCGCUGAACAAGCGAAAGCUCUGGAUGUGUUCAUCUAUGUGUCGACGGCGUUUUCGCAGUGUAAUCGCGAUAGUAUCGAGGAGAGGUUCUAUCCGGCUAAGUUCGAUCCAUAUAAGUUGAUCGAGCUGGUUGAGAAUCAGGCGGAUGAAGUCAGCUUUGAGGUAAUGGGGAAGAAAAUCAUCGAACAGUGGCCCAAUACGUAUGCGUUUACGAAAUCUCUGGCAGAGGAGGUCGUUCGGCGCUAUACCGACAAAAUGCCCAUAGCUGUCAUUCGACCAUCGAUUGUUACUACAACCUACAGCGACCCGAUCCCCGGUUGGACGGACAACAUUUACGGCUUCAAUGGAGUUGUGGUUGGAGCGGCAUCCGGAACCCUCCGGAUCUUCCACAUCAACAACGACUACCGGGCGGACAUAAUCCCGGCGGACAUGGUCAUCAAUGCAACUUUGGCGGUCGCCUGGUAUGCAGCCAAUCAUCGCGAAGAAACCAAUAUCGUUAACUGUACGGUUGCCGAUCAUCCGCUCACUUGGGGAAUGGUUCGAGACGAGCAGCUCAAGUGGCAAAACAAGAUCCCCUUUUUGGGGGGCCUGUGGAUAACCACGUACAACACGACCAGGUACUAUUACAUUUCGGAGUUUCUGAAAAUCUUCUACCACAUCAUACCGGCCAUAUUCUUCGAUCUGGCUCUCAAGCUGAACAGUCAAAAGCCUCGAGUGCUCAAGUUGUAUCGGAAAGUGCAUAAAUUCUCGGACGUCUUGCGGUUUUUUACCAACAACGAGUGGGACUUCCGAAACGACCAAUUCCACAAAGUGAUAGGCCAUAUGACUGAAGAGGAUCGGAAGUUUUUCCCGUGCGAAAUCGGAAACAUCGAAUGGAAGGAGUUUUUGGCUCAGAACAUCAUGGGUCUGCGGAUGUACAUAAUGAAGGAAAAAUGGGACAAUCUGGAGCAGGCCAAGAAACAGUACUACCGGCGGUCCAUGGCUCAUGUGGUGAUCUUGGUGGUUUGGUAUUUGCUGGUGUGCUAUGUGGUGUACAACUUACUGCAAGUAGCUGGGCUGAUUGACGUGGCUAAGGGUUGGAUGAUGGAGUACAGGAAAUAGUUUGAUGUAAUAUGGUUUGCGAUCCAAAUAAACUAUGGGCAAUAAGUAUGCUUGCA